AUGACUACAGAACCCAUCCCGAAAACGGUCAAACGAUUGAUCGCUUGUUGUGAUGGAACGUGGAUGGACAGUGACAAAGGAUACCAAGAGCCUGGACUGUUCGAGAAGGAAGGAUCUCUUCAAACCCCUUCUAACGUCACACGCAUCUCGCGUUGCUUUGAAAAGAGAUGUAAUGAUGGAAAGCUACAGGUAGUCAACUACGAGUCAGGAGUUGGCACAGGUAGCAACAGGCUCGACAGUAUUACUGGAGGUGCUUUCGGACAGGGUCUCGCCGAGCGCAUGAGGGAAACAUAUUCUUUUAUAUGUUCCAACUAUAUGGAUGGUGACGAAAUCAUCCUCGUUGGAUUCUCAAGAGGUGCAUUUACAGUCCGCUCUGUUGCCGGCAUGAUAGGUAACCUCGGUCUUCUUACUCGUGAAGGCGUUGAGUUCUUCUAUCCCAUUUUCAAGGACAUGCAGCAUUGGAUGGAUGCCGAUUACGAAGACCCAUUCCCCAACAUCCCUUUUCCUGACAAGCCAAAAGGAAAAGAUGCUGCCGACAAGUACAGAGCUCGCUUGGAGCAACUCGGCUAUACUCGCGUGAAACGAGACCAAGGAGACGAGAUCAUCACAAUCAAAGCAGUCUGCGUUUGGGAUACUGUUGGUAGUCUCGGAAUCCCCAAGAUUGCCUGGUUGGACAAACUCGGAAUCCACAGAAUAGAGCACGCUUUCCAAGCUCUUGCCUUGGACGAGACUCGCCCACCCUUUCAGCCCGCAGUAUGGGAGAGACUCCCUGAGAACAGAUACACAACGGAUCUGAGGCAGGUCUGGUUCCCUGGCAAUCACGGUAAUAUUGGUGGUGGAUGGGAGGAUCAAGGUAUUGCCAACUGCACACUUGCCUGGAUGAUGGAUCAAUUGGCUUCUAUUGGCGUCGAGUUUGAUCUGCCCUCUCUAGAGCGCUGCUUCGUGCAAAAUGUCAAGUACUAUCACAAGACUCCUUCAAAACUAAGCAUCAAAUCAAGGAAGAAGAAGCAGAAGCAGAAACCACGCCAAUGGGCGAUGAGCCCCAUCUACGAGAACAACCGCCCAUUCAGACCCUGGGGGCUUGGAGCAAUCAACAAGUCGCCAGGUAUCCUCUAUAAGCUUUCUGGUCAGACGACUCGCACACCGGGUCUAUACAGACCAACUGACCGCAGAUCAAAAUCCGACAAGUCAAGAUAUCUUCUGGACACGAACGAGCGUAUACAUAGCUCAGUGAGAGUUCGGCUUGCUUGUAAAGGACUCAGCUUAGAUGAUGAGCAUGUCUGGGACUGCCCAGCAUUGCUCGGGAAGUGGAAACUGAAGCGAACGCGAGAGAAGUUCAACGAUCCAGUACCUCAGGAGCCGGGCUGGUGUCCACAUUCUGCAAAGGAUAACAUGGGCCAUCCCAAUGACUGGUCAAAGGGAAGAUGGGUAUGGGAAUAUAUCGGAAGCGAGAAGAAUGGCCCUACUGAUAAGAGGCAACGCGUUAUGGUUGAGGAACCGCUGGGACCUUAUGAGCGAUACUUGCUUAGCUUGUCGGCGGGAACUCCAAACGUUUAUCACUUUGCAGACACUGUUGACUUUUAG